AUGGCGAACCCGUUCCAGCGCUUGCUGACCGAGCUGCCGAACCCUGAUGGCGGCUCCUUUGGCUCGUAUUACAGCCUCCCCGCGCUCAACGACCCUCGCAUCGAUGAGCUGCCAAUCUCCAUUCGGUAUCUUUUGGAGUCCGCCAUUCGCAACUGCGAUAAUUUCCAGGUCAUGGAGAAGGAUAUCGAAAAGAUCCUGGACUGGGCCAACACCUCCCAGCACCAAGUCGAGAUCCCGUUCAAGCCUGCGCGUGUCAUCCUGCAGGAUUUCACUGGCGUUCCCGCUGUUGUGGACCUUGCUGCGAUGAGGGACGCCAUGAAGGAGUCUGGCGGCGAUCCGAAUGCCAUCAACCCUCAGGUUCCCGUGGAUCUGGUGAUCGACCACUCGGUGCAGGUGGACUACGCGGGGGCGUCCAACGCGCUGAGCCUCAACAUGGAGCGCGAGUUCGAGCGCAACAGGGAGAGGUUCGCGUUUCUCAAGUGGGGCUCCAAGGCCUUCAGCAACAUGCUCGUGGUCCCGCCUGGCGCUGGCAUCGUGCACCAGGUGAAUCUGGAAUAUCUCGCACGGGUGGUGAUGGACAUCAACGGCCUCCUCUAUCCCGACAGCGUUGUCGGCACCGACUCCCACACCACCAUGAUCGACGGGCUCGGCGUCGCAGGCUGGGGCGUGGGGGGCAUUGAGGCCGAAGCAGCCAUGCUCGGGCAGGCCAUGAGCAUGGUCCUCCCGCAAGUCGUGGGCUUUAAGCUCACGGGAAAACUCCAGCCGGGAGUUACCGCCACGGACCUCGUCCUCACGUGUACGCAGAUGCUGAGGAAGCACGGCGUGGUGGGGAAAUUCGUGGAGUUUUACGGGGAGGGGACGAGGGAGCUGUCUCUGGCGGACCGGGCGACGGUGGCGAAUAUGUCGCCAGAGUACGGGGCGACCAUGGGGUUCUUUCCUGUGGAUUCGGUGACGCUGCAGUAUCUGAGGGUGACCGGGAGGGAUGAGACGAAGCUGAAGCAGAUUGAGACGUACAUGCGCGCGAACAAUCUGUUCAUGGACCAUACCACUGCUGGAGAGGCGGAGGCCAAGCGCAAGUACUCGUCCUACUUGGAGCUAGACCUCGCCACGGUGGAGCCCUGCGUCUCUGGACCCAAGAGGCCGCAUGACCGAGUGACUUUGAAGACCAUGAAGUCCGACUGGCACGCUUGCCUCGACAACCCUGUCGGUUUCAAGGGCUUCGCGAUCCCUAAGGCCCAGCAGGACAAGGCAGUGAAGGUGACUCUCAAGGAAGGGGUGGAAUCCGAGCUGAAGCACGGAUCCGUGGUCAUUGCUGCCAUCACCUCCUGCACCAACACGUCCAACCCGUCGGUGAUGCUGGCGGCAGCGAUCGUGGCGAAGAAGGCGAGUGAGAGGGGGCUCCAGGUGAAGCCGUACGUGAAGACGAGCCUGGCCCCUGGCUCCAACGUCGUCACCAAGUACCUGGAGGCCAGUGGCCUCCUCCCGGCUUUGGAGGGCCAGGGCUUUCACGUGGUGGGCUAUGGCUGCACAACGUGCAUUGGGAACUCGGGGGAGAUUCACGAGGCCGUUGGACAGGCCAUCGCUGACAACGAUUUGGUUGCGGCAGCGGUGCUCUCUGGUAACCGUAACUUUGAAGGGCGUGUGCAUCCCCUCACCCGAGCCAACUACCUUGCAUCCCCGCCCCUCGUCGUGGCAUACGCGCUUGCUGGCACGGUGGACAUUGACUUUGAGACGGAGCCCAUCGGCACUGACAAGGAUGGCAAGGAGGUGUUUCUGAGGGACAUCUGGCCCAGCAAGGAGGAGGUGGCCGAGGUGGUUGAAAGGGCGGUUCUCCCUCAGUUCUUCCAGUCAGUCUACAAGGCAGUGAAGGAGGGCGCCACCAACGCCCUCUGGAACAGCCUGCCUGCGGAGAACGAGCCUCUGUACCGCUGGGAACCGUUCUCCACCUACAUCCACGACCCGCCCUACUUCAAGAACUUCCCCCGCGACCCCCCUGGUGGCAAGGACGUAAAGGACGCCUUCUGCCUGCUCAACGUGGGCGACUCCAUCACCACUGAUCAUAUUUCCCCUGCAGGGAGCAUCCACAAGGACAGUCCUGCAGCAAGGUAUCUCACAGAAAGGGGCGUUCCCAGGAAGGAUUUCAACUCAUAUGGCAGCAGGCGGGGCAACGACGAGGUCAUGACUCGCGGCACAUUUGCCAACAUCCGGCUGGUGAACAAGCUGGCUGGAGGGGAGGUGGGACCCAAGACGGUGCACCUGCCGUCGGGGGAGAAGAUGAGCGUCUUCGAUGCUGCCAUGAAGUACAAGGCAGAGGGACAUCCCACGAUAGUCCUGGCAGGGGCAGAGUAUGGAAGCGGCUCGUCGCGUGACUGGGCUGCCAAGGGGCCGUACUUGCAGGGGGUGCGGGCGGUGAUCUCCGUCUCAUUUGAGCGCAUUCACCGCAGCAACCUGGUGGGAAUGGGCAUCAUCCCGCUCUGCUUCAAGCCCGGUCAAAACGCCGAGACGCUGGGGCUGACUGGCAAGGAGCGCUUCUCCUUCUCCCUGCCGCCGGUGGAUCAGAUCCAGCCCGGCCAGGACGUGGUGGUUUCCACGGACAACGGAAAGUCGUUUACCUGCACCCUGCGCUUUGAUACUGAGCUCGAAAAGGCCUACUACAAUCACGGGGGCAUUCUGCACUUUGUGCUGCGUCAACUGCUGGCCAAGUCCACUGCUGCUUGA